AUAAACAUAAACAUUUUUUGAAUCUAUAUAAAGCGACACAUCGCCGAUUCGGACCAUCAAUCGCUUAGAGUCUCAGAACAAUCGUCAUCAGUUUCGUGGAUAACUUCUUUAAAGCCGUUUAACAGUGCGGUCUUUUAACUGUGCGGUGUGCGAAGUGUAAAAAUUUAAAUACAAUUUUUCAUUUGAAUCUUGAAAAAAAAUAAAAUAAAAAACAUGCAAUCAUCAAGCCAUACAAUAAGAGUUUCGGUCAACGUGCCGAGACCAUGGCUUUCGGCGUGCUCGAGAACCGUUUUGGAGAGUAUCCUGCGACGAGCACUACGUUCUUAUAUCGUGACGGACAAUGAUGUGUCUGUGAAGAUCGCGGGGGUUGAGGCUCAAUUGAUCGAGGAUGGUUAUGGCGAAUUUUGGUUUGUACCAAACGACCUCCUUGACGACAUCAAGGAAAACUACAAUAAUGACAUCGACGACGACAGCGACAACAACGACGAUGUUAUCAUACUUAAUAAUGAAGGAACCGCAGCCAAUGACGAUGACAGCGACAACAACGACGAUGUCAUCGUACUCAACGAUGAAGGAACCGCAGUCAACAAUGACGACUACGACAACAACGACGAUGUCCUCGUACUUAAUGAUGACGGAACCGUAGCCAACGACGACGACGACGAUGAUGAUGAUGUGAUAGUACUGAAUUAAUUAUGCAGUUUCAACUGCGGAGCGGAUCAUCGGAAUGGAAAGGGAUUCAUAUGGGUUAAUCUGUGCCUUAACCGAUAACCGGGAAUAAUGUUCCUAGCAAACACUAUUAUGUCUUAUAAUUAUCGAUAGAAAUCACGUCUCAAUAUUUGUAUGUUGGUGAAUCUAAAUAAAUACCGAAAAAUCUUUCAUCGAAUAAAUGCGUCUAAUUUCAUUUAUUGUAUCCCUCAUUAUUUUCAUAUAAGUAGACGUUUAUCCUUCUUCGGUCUGGCUGUACCCUUCGGUCCCUUUUUUACUUUCAGUUUUCAUUAUUUCUCGAAUAAACGGACGAUCUAUAAUUUCUUGUGUUUUCUUUAUUUCGCGCUGACCUGCCUCACUCCCUUUCUACAUGUUCGAUUGACGAUACGUUUCACAUUCUGACUCAGAAAAAAUAAUCAUAACUAAAAUAUAUAUUAAAAUUCAUGUCCGUGUGAGAAGAAGACGGGUGACGGAAGAAAACAAAAACCUAUAAAAAACUACAAGCUCGUCAUAGCAGCUCAAGAAAAAAUGAUUGAACCCUCAAAAAAUGAAAUCAUACAUUGUUUCUUGAAAUUGAAAAAGGUAUUGUCCGAGUAAAAGUCUGCUUCUAAAAAAACUAUCCAAAAACUAAAUUCAUCAUACACUUUAUGAAAAACCUUCUUCAUUAUCAUUCAAAAGAAUAUCAAACCUCGUAAAAACACGCUUCCUUCCAAAUAAUUAUUACACAAUAAUUCACAAAAAUUACGUCUCAAAUGACCAUCUCAAAUGCAUUAAUGAAUAACCUUGAACCUGUGAUAUGGAAAUACGUAAUCUCAAGACGUUCCGCUCAAAGGAACUGAACGUUGUCAAAUAAGUGCAAAAGUGAAAAGUACAUUGCAUUGAGA